AUGACAAGCGUCGACGACCUCUUCAAAAAGCCAAUCUCCUCUGGCAGCUCUAAGCGCAAGUUUGAGCCUGUCCAAGACCCCAAUGAGCUAUACAAAGCUGCUAAGCUAGAUUCCAAUGGCGAUGUAAGAUCGAAAGGCAAAGAGGCUAUGGUAGAAGAUGAUUUUUCCGAAGAUGGAGAAGCAGGGCCCGAAUUGCCCCCGGAUUUCGACGAAGAUGCACCAGAUGACGAAGAGGGUCGCUUCUUUGGCGGGGGAAUGGAACAAAAGACCGCUCAGGCAAUGUCUUAUAUUGACGAACAGGAGGGAGAGGAAACUGCUCCGGAGAAUUUCGACACCGCUUGGGUACGCCGUUUCGCUCUGAACUUCGAGAAGAAGAUUUCCAAGAACUCAGAAUUACGGGCAAAAUUUGAGAAUGAUCCUAAGAAGUUCAUGGUUUCGGAGGCCGACCUUGACACUGAGAUCAAGGGCUUAUCGAUCUUGUCGGAGCAUUCCGACCUUUACGAAGAGUUCGCAAAAAUGGGCUGUGUAGGCUCGCUGGUGUCGUUACUUUCGCACGAGAAUGCGGAUAUCUCGAUUGGUGUUAUCCAAAUAAUCAGCGAGCUGACCGAUGAGGAUGUGGAGGCUGAGCAGGAACAGUGGGACAGCCUGGUCAAUGCUUUGAUGGACGCCGAUCUUAUCGAACUGUUGACUCAGAACCUUUCCCGGUUUGACGAGAAUGUGGAAACUGACAGAGCUGGUGUCUACUAUGUUCUCAACGUUUUGGAAAAUCUAUCCUCCCAGACGUCACUGGCAGAGAAAAUUGGGCAGGAUGCCUCGAUCUUGCCAUGGAUCUUGUCUCGUAUCCAGAAAAAGGAAUCACCUGUGACUCAAAAUAAGCAGUAUGCUGCAGAAAUCCUUGCUAUUCUCCUUCAAUCCUCUUCGAAAAACCGAGAGAAGUUUGUUGGGCUUGAGGGGAUCGAUACGCUCCUCCAAAUUCUCAGUCAAUAUCGUAAACGAGAUCCCGAGAAGGACUCCGAUGAAGAAGAAUUUGUGGAGAACUUGUUUGACUCCCUAGUUUGCCUCGUGGAUGAGGACUUGGGUAAGGAGAAGUUCAUCGAGGCGGAAGGCAUUGAGCUGGCACAGAUCAUGCUCAAAGAGAGCAAGUUCAGCAAGCCACGAGCUCUUCGAGUUCUUGAUCAUGCCCUUGGAGGGGUUGGUGGUGGUCCGGCAUGCGAGCACUUGAUUGAAGCGGCCGGCCUCAGGACCAUUUUUGGGAUGUUCAUGAAAAAGCAAGAAAGUCAGAAUAUCGAGCAUCUGUUGGGCAUUUUUGCUUCGCUCCUUCGGCUUCUUCCUGGCGGUUCCGCGCCACGUAUCAGGACAUUGGCCAAAUUCAUGGAGAAAGACUAUGAGAAGAUUGAAAAGCUCAUCAAACUGCGACGGGAAUAUGCUGCAAGACUAUCUCCUGUUGAGCAAGCUAUCGAGAAAGAACGCAGGGGUCUUACAGAGGAGGAUCGAGAAUUGAUGGCUGGCGAAUGGCUGUCUCGCCGCUUCGAUGCCGGGCUCUUCUCCCUGCAGACAAUUGAUAUCAUUCUGGCAUGGUUAGUUGCCGAGGAUGACGGGGCAAAGAAAAAGGUCACUUCUCUGUUAGCUGACCGGGAUGAAGACCUAUCCUUGGUCCGCGCUACUCUGGAAGAACAACUGGAAGGUAUUGUUGAGGAGGAAGCUAAACAAAAGGACUUUAAGGAUAUGCUUAGCACCUUACUCCAGUUCCUGUGA